AUGGCUUACGGCGCCAAUUUCCAUGAGGACGAUUCUGAGGAGGAAGGAGAUAGUGAAAAUGAGGAUGAGAAUUAUGCACCUUCUGAAUCUGAGUUUGAAGGCGAUGGUGACGGUUCAGAAGGCUCUGAUGAGGAUUCAGAUGAAGACGAUGAUGAAUCGGAAGAUUGGGAAGCUGAAGAAGAGAGCGGCGGUGAUGGGGACGACAGUUUGGACUCUGAUGAAUCAGCUGGCAAGGAUUGGGAUGAGUUGGAGGAGCUAGCCAGGCGUGAUGAUGCAAAAAAGGAUUUGGAAGAUCUGGAUGGCACACAUGGAACACAUGGCACACAUGGCACACAUGGCACUCAUGGAACACAAAAAUCAAAAAAAAGGCAACGCUCCCCCAGCCCUUCAAAUAUGCACUCUCAUAAGAAGUCCAAGAAAGACAAAAAGUCAUCUCCUCUUAAAAAGUCACGGCCACAAAACUCUAGAGAUCAACACAAGAGGCAUAGAAAAUAA